AUGCGUUUCUCCAACUUCGCCCUCGCUGCCUUCUCUUUUGGCUCUGCCAUCGCCGCCCCGGCUGCUCACCAGAACAACGCUCGUGCGCUUGAGAUUCUCGCCACUGCCACUUCCACCGUUGGAACUGUGCAGCAGACUGUUAACGGUCAACUCCAGACUAUCACCAACCUGUUGAGUGUCAGCGUCAGCGUCAACACUACCACUCUGAUCUCCCAGCUUGAGCACGCUCUCCUCAGCAUUGCCGGCGAGGUCACCACGAUCGUUGGCGAUGUCACGCCUCUUACCGAUAACAUCCCCAAGCUGCUUGAUUCUGAGCUCCAGGCCGUCCCUCAGCUAUUGAACGGAGUGCUCUCCAUCGCCACCGGUGUUAAGGCUACGGCUGAUCAGAUCACCAAGACUGUUCCUGCUGAUGUCUUGAAGGCUAUCCAGCCCGAGCUUCAGCUUGUCCUCUCUACCGUCGAGCCCGUUGCCAAGCCCGUCAUCAGCUUCGCUCUUACCGCUGUUAGUGGUGUUGUCGGACCCGUUGCUAACCAGAUCAACGGUCUUGUUGGUCAGCUCCAGGGCGUUGUUGGUGGCCUUCUCAAGAUCGUCGGCGGCAUCGUCGGCGGCCUUCUAUAA